AUGAGACUCGAUAGAUGGGCCUUGAUGGGCCUAAUACAACUGUCAUGGGCAGACUCAAACCUCACGGAGCGAUCCCGUGAUAUUCUGCCAUCCACCUUCAAGCCUCCCCAGCACUUCCGGAAUGUUAACCUCGUACGAAAAAUUAACCUGGAGAAGAGCUACCCUCGCGAGACGAUCAACGUAGUAAUUGAGAACAUUGAUGCUGCGCCGCAGUCGGAGUACUACCUGCCAUUCGAACAGGGUACACUAGGCAGGGUCGGCGGGUUGGUGGUAAAGGACAAGAAGGACCCGGACAACAUAGGCUUUCAUGCGGAGAUUGUUGAAAUCGAUCCUUAUGGCGCAACGGAAUACUAUAAGAUCACACUUCCUACGGCUCUUCCUUCCAAGCAACAACAGACACUUUCCCUAACCUACUGGACUCUCGCUGCUCUCUCUCCGGUUCCCUUCCAGAUUGGUCAGCAAGACAAACAGUACAUCCGCUACCCGUUCUCUGCCUAUGCCCCGUCAGCAUACACCACAUUGAAGCAAAAGACCAAGCUCAAGCUCCCCUCAACCGAUGUCCCAGAUGCCACAAGCUUGCCUAAAGAACUUAACGCAGACGGCAAGGCUGACCCCGAGAAGCAAGGUACGAGCUACACUUACGGCCCUUACAAUGAGGUCCCAGCUGGUGCAGUUCAAGAAGUGAGCGUACGCUACGAGUUUACGCACCCUCUUACCCACGGCAGUUUGCUCGAAAGGGACAUCUCGGUCUCACAUUGGGGCAAUAAUCUCGCAACGGAGGAACGACACUGGCUCACCAACCGCGCGGCCGUGCUCAAGAAUCACUUUUCCCGAGUCACGUAUGCGCAGAGCGCUUACUAUAAUCCUCCCACUUCCGCGUUAAAGGAGAUGCGCUUCCCACUUACUGUCGGAAGUGUUGACGCGUACUUCGUUGACGACAUCGGAAACGUCUCGACGAGCCGUUUUAGGAGUAAUCUGCGCGAAGCGAACCUGGAGCUGAGGCCACGUUAUCCGCUUUUCGGAGGCUGGAACUACAAGUUCCAGGUCGGAUGGAAUGGCGAUUUGAAGAAUUUCGUACGGAGAGUCAAGGGCACAGGCGAGACGUACGUGCUCAAGGCACCCUUCUUCGAGGGCCCGAAGCAGAUUGAGGGUGUGGAGUAUGAACGCAUUGUCACGAGGGUCAUAUUGCCUGAAGGCGCCACGUAA